GAAACUAAAGACAUGAAGCAUAAACUCUGGCAGGAAAACUUUGUUGGUUUCAUCUUGUUGUUCGGUAGCAGCAGAUUUGACCGCGUGACCUCAUUGACCACUCGCACGAGAUUCUCACGCUCUUUAUCCAUGUGUGCUUGGUGUGUUAUUUUCAGAGAAUGCAUGCAUGUGUGAAUUCGUACGCGCUAACGUGUGUAAGCACGCGCCUCGAACAUCUAGAUCUUUGAGUGUGUAAGAACAACAACUCGAAGGAUAAGCCCCACAGUUGUAACUUGAAACAGAUUCGUUUUUACUCUCUACUAGAGAUCAAGUUUGUCAUUUAGUGUGCCACUAGUUGUUUUUUUUUUUCUAAACUUGGAUUAAAUGUGACCUACGUAUCAUUUGAGCUUUCAUUGUAGAAACUCUAAACGUAACAGAAGAGUGCGUGGAAUAGUGGAAUCCAUGGAUACAAGAUAGAGCUCGCUGAUUGGUUUCUAACCAUGCAAGACCUUGGCCCUAACCACAGCUCGUCGCCCAACGACUCCGAUACUCAUGGAUUUGAGUACAAGUGGAGUACCGAGUUCUCCUACCUCCUGGCCACCAUCAACAUCAUCGUAGCUUGCUGCAUCGUCUUCGGCAACAUCAUGGUCUUGCUGGUCAUCCUCCGCCACCGGGGCAUGCGCACCCGCACCAACCUUUUCCUGGUCAACUUGGCCGUGGCUGACCUCUUCGUCGGCGUCUUCGCCAUGCCUUUCUCCAUCACGACACUCCUGAAGCACGAGUGGGUGUUCGGGGACACGGUGUGCCUGUUCAACGGCUGGAUGAACAGCUUCUGCCUGAUCACCUCCAUCCACACCCUCAUGUACAUCAGCAUCCACAAGUAUUUCUCCAUAGCCCGGCCGCUCAGCAACCCUCUAACACUGAGAUACAUCGUCAUCAUGAUGGCCGCCGCCUGGUUCUGGGCAGCCGUCUGCUCCACCAUGAACAUCACAGGCCUCAAAGUGAAGUACAAGCCUGGAACGUCACAGUGUGGGCCGAAUUAUCCAAAUGAUCCAUUGACCUACUUUAUCCAUGUUAUUAUCCAGAUCACAGACCUCAUAAUUCCAUUUAUUAUACUCAUCUUCUGCUACACUCGUAUUUUUCAAGAAAUCCGCAAAUUGUCCAAAAGACUUCGCGCUCACUCGUCUGCUGAGGAUCAGGAUAUCAUUGCUCAAGAAAAAGGCGUAGCUGUCACCAUGCUGAUCGUCCUGGCAACAUUCGUCAUCAUGUCACUCCCCUACCUGGCCUACGCCAACUACACAACCAUCAGGCGGGACAAGAAACAUUUUUCUGGCUACCUGAACCCAGUGGCGUACACGUUCUUGUAUAUGAGUUCGAUGUGCAACCCAAUCAUCUACGCCUUUAGAUCCGCCGCCUUCAGAGAGGGCUAUAAAGAGAUAUUGUGUCAACAGGCCAACUACGUGACGGAUGAAGAAGCCAACAAUAAACAAAGAACCAGUCGUUUGAUGUCCAUCAUAGCUAUUCUUCGACGUGGCAGCGUUCCUGCCAAUCAAAAUGUCAUUCAUAAAAAUGGCGACAUCAUCAUAACCAGAGGGGACCGAAUCGUGUGCGUGAGGAAAGCCAGCAGCUCCCGCCAUCCCGAGGACAACGUGGCGCCUAUCCCCGAACGUCUGCACGGAAUACAGGAAGACAAUCAAGAGGAAGACAAAGAUGGCGGCUCUGACGACGACAACAAUGUUUUCCACUUGUUGAAAGCAAACACUGAGAGGGAAUCUUUGAGCGACGUGAGCCCUCGUGCUAGGGGAGGCUCGCGGUACACGAGGGUCAACGGUGCGAACAGCUGCAAGUCCGAGAAAGAAAGGUCAAGGUCUUCUGCUUCUUCCAUGGCAGACUCUCCUAAAGCGUCUAAAAAUCGAAAGGGAAUCGCUCAUGACGCUAAUUUAGCAAGUGCUAAAUCUUUGGUAGACAGUGUAGUGCUGGACAGUGAUUUGAGAGAGAACAUAAAAUUAUUGGAUGGUCAACAAAACAGAAAUGGGUCUAGUCAAGGAAUAAUAGAGGUCGGCACAACCAGUGCCAAGAAAAAGACAACGUCAAAACAAAGUGACUCGAUAGAAACCUCUCGAGAACAAUCUGGAGUUAAUACAAAUUUAAGGCGCUUUAUUUCACGCAGCUCUGAAGAGCUGCCAAGACCGCCAACUCUAGUUCGUCUGCCGUCCUUGGAAUUUCUUGACCCUCCCAUUAGCAUAUUUAGACCACGAAGUAAUACCGGGUCACAUGAGAAAUUAUCCAUGAGUAAAAUAAAAAAGAACAAGGAACAUUCAAGUGAAAAACAGAAUGCUCCGCCACGAAAGAAACGUCCAUUUUUUGACAGCGCCUCUGAUGUCAUGUAAAUAGUUUUUAAUUGUAUUACCCUAAGUGCUAACCAGCCAUAUAAACGGUAUUGUUGUGUACAUAUAGGUCUAAUGAAUGCUCAAUGUAAUAUUUGCAUGGAACAAGUCAAACCAGCAGACAAAUCUUUUUAUGUUUUUUUAUCUUAGUGAAACAGAUUUACUGGUAAUUGUUUUAAUUGUUUUUAUCCCCAAAUGUUUUAAAAAAUGUAUGCAGUGGCGUAUUAGGGUUGGGGGAGGGGGGAUUUGAAAAUUCCCCUGGGUCCACACUUGAGGGGGGCCCCAAAUGUGUGUGAAAAUUUUUUUUACAUUAAAAAUUAUACAAAAUGCAGGAGCCCCCAAAAGAGGUCAAGCUCCCCCCCCCCAGUGAUGGCAAACUCCUAGCUACGCCACUGAAUUUAUGUUAAAUUAAUUAAUUGCUUCAAAUAUGGAGGUUUAAUGAAGUUAAAUAUCAAUUGAAAAGCACAUCUUGAUCAAAAGAAUGAUACUAUUUUAAACAAAUGGAAGAUAGCUAAUUGCAAAGAAUACAAUCAUUCAAUCAUGACUUGGAUACUUUAGCUUAGUACAUCUAGUACCUACAUGUGUGUAACUUAUUUAAAGGCGAACUUGUAAUUAUUUUUAUUUUAUAACACUGUUUUUACGCAGACAUUUAAGUAAGAAUGUAUAGAUCAGUGCAAUAACUUGGUUCUGCUAUAUACAAUCUAUUUAUUUUGAUCAGAAUCAUUGGUUGUGAUCAAGUUUUGUCAAGAAAUUAAUAACUGCAACAUAGUCAGCUCAUCCACACUUAGAAUGAAUGUAGAAUAACUAUGUUUCAUUAUGCAAUGCAAAGACAAAUGUUACCAUGGGAACUAGCUCUAAGUGAGAUAGUCAGCUAAAAAUAUAUGAUCUUGUCAUGUCA